AUGGGAAAGAUAAUCUUCUACGAGGAAAAGAACUUCCAGGGUCGCUCCUAUGAGUGCCCCGUCGACUGUGCCGACCUGCACACCCAUUUCAGCCGCUGUAACUCCAUCCAAGUGGAGAGCGGUAGCUGGAUGAUCUAUGAGCGCCCAAACUACAUGGGCUACCAGUACUUCCUGAGAAGGGGAGAGUAUCCCGACUACCAGCGCUGGAUGGGCUUUAAUGAUUGUGUAAAGUCCUGCCGCAUGAUUCCUCAAAAUCAGGGAGCUCACAAGAUGAGAAUCUACGAGCGCUCUGACUUUGGCGGUCAGAUGUUGGAGUUUGCCGAUGACCUCCCCUCCCUCUUUGAUCGAUUCCAGUACAAUGAUAUCCACUCCUGCAAUGUUAUGGAGGGGUAUUGGCUCUUCUAUGAGCAUCCCAACUACAGAGGCAGGCAGUACCUCCUGAGACCUGGCGAGUACAGGAGAUACAGUGACUGGGGAGCCAUCAAUUCAAGGAUUGGUUCAAUCAGACGUGCUGUUGCUCACCCAAACUGACAGGCAAUACAUCAUCAACAUGAAACUGAGCCUAACAUUUAAAUUAAAUAAAGUUAGGUCCACCUGCAAUCCUAUUGUCUUCUAUAGUGUUCACGCAAUAAGUAUGAAAACAUGCUACAUACUGUCCCUAUAACCUAGUAUACACCAUGAAAAGUUUCAACACAUUUGUUGAAUCGAGGCAUUUAAUAGU